UUGAAGGCCGUUCAUGUGGUACCUGGCGUCACCGCCCGGGAAAUGUGCUCCUAUUUCUGGGACGUUCGGUAUCGUAUGGACUGGGAAUUCACCAUCGAUCAAGCACCAACUGUGCUGGAAGUUUGUGGUGAUGAUACAGUGGUUUUGUAUCAGGUUUACAAACGUGUGUGGCCUACCACGCAACGAGACUCGGUUUUCUGGUCUCAUAUACGCCAAGUCAGUACCCGGUUCCCACCCGGGCAAAGCAAAGAUAAUAGCACGUCCUCGGUUGACGGAACACGAACUCACCAUCGGUCUUUGUCUGUGGAUUCGUGGUCUCGCCCCGAGGAGAGGACAGUUCAUCCGGUCGGUUUGGAUCUGGUUAGUCGUUUGCCCGCCUUGCUUGGUCAAACCGGAGCACAUGGUUCGGAUGAUGUAGACGGUGUAUUGGAUAGCUGGAUGGUGGUCAACAUGUCCACAGACUACCUGGCAGACAAGGUCCCACCUUCAACCUCUCCAACCAUCCGGCUGGGGUUGGAUGUGAUUCUUUACUGUCAAACUGUACUGGCCCCAGUCGCCGACAAAACCUCUACAAGGAAUUUGUUCUCGCGAGAUCGUUUACGCACCCGUUUGGUUUACAUUGCCAAUAUCAAUCCUGGUGGAUGGGUUCCAGCUGCUGGGUUGCGUACUCUAGCUCGUCGUGAAUAUCCACGAUUUUUGAAGCGGUUUAGUGCGUAUGUCCAGGAACAGACUCGUGAUAAACGGCCUAUGUUCUAA